AUGGGUUCGGAAGGUGCUGCAACCGCAUUGGCAACCAUCGGCACUGUUUGCUGGUGCGUUCAAUUGAUCCCGCAAAUUAUCUACAACUACCGUAGGAAGGAUUGCACAGGACUCCCGCCAACAAUGAUGUUUCUUUGGGUUGUGUCCGGCGUGCCAUUCGGGGUGUACUUCUUAGUAACAAAAGCGAAUAUAAUAUUACAGAUCCAGCCGCACUUAUUCAUGUUUUUCUGUUCCAUAUCAUGGAUACAAUCAUUGUACUAUCCUCCAAGAAAUAUUCCCAUCAAAAGGAUCAUGAUCUGGUAUGUUGUUCCAAUGUCCAUGUUCAUUGUAGGAUUUGAAAUUGGGUUUACACUAUGGUUGAGGCCCGUUUACAGCCACGGCACAAAAUGGCCAGCUCUAUUGAUAGGCAUAUUUGCUGCCAUUCUACUUGCUGCCGGGUUGGUGCCACCAUAUUUCGAGCUUUGGAAACGGCGGGGACGUGUUGUGGGAAUCAACUUUUUGUUUCUAUUCGUCGACUCUAUGGGAGCAUGGUUCAACAUUGCGAGUGUCAUAGUCGGCAACAUGGACGUCAUGGGCAUCGUGCUAUAUUCAGUGGUAGCAGCCAUGGAGAUCGGAAUAUUCGCGUCGCAUUUCAUCUGGUGCUGCCGAUUCAAAUGGUUUGGCAACAGUCUCGACGAAGAAGACCUAAACUCGAUAAGCGAUCUUGACAGUGCUUCUGGAGACGUUGACUUGGAGAUCCAAACGAUAACGGACAACAAUAAUACAAGUAUACAUUCUAUAAACAGCAACAAGAAGGCUACCGGAGCCUGA